AUGGAGGAUAAGCGAGCAAAGAGUAGAAAGAGAUCCAGACAUGAGAUGGCUGAGAAGGAUAUAGAUGAAAAUUGCCUCAUUAGAAAACCCAAACAUGAUGCUAAAGAGAAGGAAACAACUUCUGGUUGUGGAUUACAUGAAGAUGAUGGAACUGAUGAGGAUCUUGAGCCAUAUUAUGAAAUGCCUCGCUACUAUGCUCGGAUCAAGAAAAUUCUGGAAACUCAGCUGAGUUUGGGAGUGAGAUGGCUUGAAUCAAAAGCAAACAAGAAGCCAGUUCCAAUCGCUUGUGGAGAAUUCAAAACUAGCAAGAAGACCAUCACCAUAAACCCGAGGAAAGGUGAGACAUGGGCCCUUUUCAGAGAUUGGAAGCCGCAGUAUGAGCGUCCAUAUAGAUACGACUUUGUCAAAAUCGAGUCUGAGCUGGACAGUGAUCAUGGCAUUGGAGUUGCUUAUCUAGGGAGAGUGGAGGGAUUCACUUCAGUGUACGAACAUGUUGUGCAACAUGAUUACUUCAAAAUGAUGAUACCGUCUGAUGAGAUGCUUAGGUUUUCGCAUAGUUCCAUCUUUCAAAUUGACUGGAGAUGA